CCCAUAUCACGUCUGCCUUUCCCCCGUAUCAUCCACGGAGGCAAAUUUGAGGCGAAAAGUCUAGACAGUCAUUGCCCAGCUUUGACUUAUCCUCCUAUCCCGGCAGCGGACUGUCUUCUGGAAGAGGUUGCCUGCACUUUACCAUCUCAUCAAUCUCGUUGCAAAUCACCACAUACUACUAUCAAAAAUGAGCGAGCCCCUACCUUCCUCGUUUGACGACAACCCUCAAUUCCAGGAGGAGACUUCGCUGCAGAAGUUCCGCAGGCGGCUCAAGCAAGAACCGCUUAUUCCGCUCGGAUGUGCGGCCACCUGUUAUGCCCUUUACCGGGCUUACCGAUCCAUGAAGGCGGGCGACUCGCUUGAGAUGAAUAAGAUGUUCCGUGCCCGUAUCUACGCCCAGUUCUUCACCCUGAUUGCCGUGGUCGCCGGAGGCAUGUACUACAAAACCGAGCGCCAGCAACGCAAGGAAUUCGAGCAGGUCGUGGAGGCACGCAAGAGCCAGGAAAAGCGGGAUGCCUGGCUGCGUGAGUUGGAGAUUCGAGACCAGGAGGACAAGGAUUGGCGUGAGCGCCACGCAGCCAUUGAGGCCGCGGCCAAGGAGGCAGGCCAGAGAAAGCCGACCUCUGAGCAGGACGCUGCUCGUUCGGCCAUCGAGCCUUCCGAAGAGAAGUCGGUCGGAGUGUUGACUGCUGUCAUGGAGCUAUGGUCGAGGCAGAAGUAAUCUCACCAAAAGGGGGGAAGUUCUUGCGGUUGUUCGUUCAUUUCUGCCAAUUAAUCUGGGUAUCUAUCCUUAUUGUACAUAAAAACAACAUUCUCACUGUUCGAGGAAAAUGCACACUCUCCGCCAGCUACUC